AUGGCGGCGAGAAAGUUGCAAACAGAGAUCGACAAGACGUUGAAAAAGGUGGCAGAAGGGGUCGAGAGUUUUGAAGACAUGUUUGAACUGCUCCAACGAGCGACAAAUGCGACGCAAAAGGAAAAGAUGGAGUCGGACCUCAAGACACAGAUCAAGAAGCUGCAGCGUCUGCGUGAUCAGAUCAAGACGUGGCUGCAAAGCAACGACAUCAAAGACAAGAAGCCGCUGCUCGAUAACCGCAAACUCAUCGAGACGCAGAUGGAGAAGUUCAAGGCGAUCGAAAAGGAGAUGAAGACCAAGGCUUUCUCCAAAGAAGGACUCAUAGCUGCCGCAAAGAUGAAUCCCAAGGACCGCGAAAAGGCAGAGAUCUCGGAAUGGCUUUCGACACAAGUGGACGAGCUAUCGCGACAGGUCGAGUCGGCAGAAGCAGAGAUCGAAACCAUCUCGGGCUCUGGCAAGAAGAAAAAGGGCUCCGCCAAGGAUGAACGAGCCUCUACGCUGGAAAACGCCAACGACCGCAGAAAUUGGCACAUCUCGCGGCUCGAGAUCCUUUUGCGCAUGUUGGAGAACGGCAAUCUGGAAACUGAACGCGUCACGGACAUCAAGGAGGACAUUUCCUACUUUGUCGAAUCCAACAUGGAGGAAGACUUUGAGGAGGACGAGGGUAUCUAUGAUGAUCUGAAUCUCGAUGAUGGCGAGGAGGCGUUCGGUCUCAAGGAGACUGACGACAUGCACAGCAAUGUCGAUUCGAACGCGGGUAUGGACGACCUUAGCUUCCGCGAUACUAAGGACACGCCCACAAAGCCACGCCGAGACAGCUUGGUUGAUAUCAACAGCAGUGGCUUCAACAGCAAUAGCAACAACAAUAGCAACAACAACAACGCCCCCACCACCACCACCACCACCACCAGCAGCAGCAGCAGCAGCAACAACAACAAUGUCGCCACUAGCUCCUCCAACAAGAAGGAGGAGUCGGCACCAUCUCCAGUGUCGGCGGCACCAGCGCAAUCUGCUCCUUCACCGGUCGCAGCCACAUCGGCCAACAGAAAGACGACCAGAAAGACAUCUCAGGAGCCUGUGGCAGUACCAAAGGAGAAGACGGUUCCUACGGCCAACUUUGCGCAAGCCAAAGCGCCUGCUUCGUCGCAGUCCGCUGUUCUUUCGCCACCCAAGGUACCGAGCGCCGCACCGUUGCCGCCUAUUCGGUAUGCUGCGGCUGCGGCUGCUGCGGUGGCGGCGAGUGCUACUGCGUCUGCGAACGAGGCUACGGCAUCGUCCCCUUCAACAACGACAGGAUCGAUUGCUACUGAUGCGGUAUCUGAUUCGGUCAACGCUUCAUCAACAGCCUCUGCAGCACCGGGCUCGCAAACGCAGCCAAGCUCGGGAGCGACACAGACGGUUGGAGCACCUGUGACGCCUGCCAAGUCAAGCGUAGAGGCGCUCAAGAACGAGGGAGCAGACAAGGCAAGAUCGGCAUCGCCAGCACCCCCUGGGCACGGCAAGGUGGAGCCGAACAGCAAUGCAGGCGCAGCAGCAAGUGCUGGCGGUGGCUCAGCACAGGAUGGUGCAAGCACGUUGUCAGGAUUCCAGCCGGCGCAACUGGCAGCAUCUUCGGCGGCGGCGAGUGUGGUUCAGCCUGCAGGUGGAGGAGCAGGCACAGCAGCACAGCAAGCGGCAGCACAGAAGGAAGCGGGCACGGAAGCGCGAUUGCCGACGUCGCUGACGGACCUGGUGUCGUCGUUCGAGUCUGCCAAGCAAAAAUCGUUGCGUCGAGAUGCGAAUUUGGGGCUGGUGUACAAGUCGCUGGAGUCGUCGUUUAUGACGGUUCCUGAGGCAGUUGACUCGGACAAGCCAAAGUACUAUGUGGCCAAGAACCCAUUUCCUACGCCGAGCUACUACCCGCAAACGCCGGCGAGCGUGUUUGACAAUCCGGCGCUGUACUCAAAGUUUGACGUGGAUACGCUGUUCUACAUUUUCUACUACCAGCAGGGCACGUACCACCAGUAUUUGGCAGCCAAGGAGUUGAAAAAGCAGAGCUGGCGAUUCCACAAGCAAUACUUGACCUGGUUCCAGAGGCAUUCGGAGCCACAGGCGAUUACGGACGAAUACGAGCAGGGAGUGUACGUCUACUUUGACUGGGAGGGUAGUUGGUGUCAGCGCAAAAAGUCGGAUUUCCGAUUCGAGUAUCGAUGGUUGGAGGACAACUAG